AUGUAUUUAGCUAUAAUUACUCUACCGUUACUAGGAUCAAUAGCUUCCGGUCUUUUUGGUAGAAAGAUUGGAGUCACUGGAGCACAAUUAAUUACUUCUAGUUUAGUAAUUCUUACAACACUGUUAGCAAUAGCUGCUUAUUUUGAAGCAGGUUUUCAUUUUGACUCCUUAACAGUAUUAAUUGUAUCUUGUUUAGUCCAUAUUUAUUCUAUAGGUUAUAUGUCACACGAUCCUCGGGGCCGCCAUAACCAACGAUUCUUUAGCUAUUUAAGUUUAUUUACUUGGUUUAUGAUUAUUUUAGUCACAUCAGAGAAUUUACUAUUAAUGUUUGUAGGUCAACCAUUCUCGGCCGGAGUUGGAAUUUGUUCUUAUCUUUUAGUUAAUUUCUGA